GCCCUCCUCCUAUUCCACAAACCCACAUCCCUGUAUAUAUUACUAUUUCCCCCCGCAGGGACGCAUAACCUGUUAUAUGCUAUAAGCAGGUGCUAACAAAAGGCACAACCUGGGGAUCCAAAACCUGGUGUGGGCACACUCGCUCACUUACCCUAUAGAGUUUGCCCCUCCCUCUUUUUGCCACCCGUGCCACUGAGCAGAAUAGAGACAGCUCAACACGUGGAAAAACAGCCAGGCUUCAUCUGGGAAGGAAGAGGAGGAUCUGAGGGGAGAGGCUUGCUGCUGCCAGACGUCAGCAUAUCUGGGAUGAGUGAGCUGCGAUUUCCAGAGGAGAAACCUCUUCUCAGAGGCCAAGACACAGAAAUGGAGUCCGCUGACACCUUUCUGUCUGCUGCUGACACAGACUGGAAAGAACAUGACAUUGAAACCCCAUAUGGAAUGCUACAUGUGGUUAUUCGAGGGACUCCAAAGGGCAAUCGGCCUGCGAUUCUUACCUACCACGAUGUGGGGCUGAACCACAAGCUUUGUUUCAACACCUUCUUUAACUAUGAGGAUAUGCAGGAGAUAACUAAGCACUUUGUGGUAUGCCAUGUGGAUGCCCCGGGGCAGCAGGUGGGGGCAUCACAGUUCCCUCAGGGGUACCAAUAUCCCACAAUGGAACAACUGGCAGCCAUGCUACCCAGUGUCAUGCAGCACUUUGGAUUUCAAAGUAUAAUUGGCAUUGGUGUUGGAGCAGGAGCCUAUGUCCUUGCAAAAUUUGCUCUGAUUUUCCCAGAGUUAGUGGAAGGCAUGGUUCUGGUUAACAUUGAUCCAAACGGAAAAGGGUGGAUUGACUGGGCAGCCUCCAAGCUCUCUGGGCUCACCAGCUCCCUGCCAGAAACUGUGCUGUCUCAUCUAUUCAGCCAGGAGGAGUUGAUGAAUAACACAGAACUUGUGCAGAACUACCGGCAGCAGAUCAGCAGCUGUGUGAACCAGAGCAAUUUGCAACUAUUCUGGAACAUGUACAACAGUCGAAGAGAUCUGGAAAUGAGUCGUCCUGGAACUGUUCCAAAUGCUAAGACUUUGAGGGCACCAGUGAUGUUGGUUGUUGGCGAUAAUGCUCCAGCUGAAGACUGUGUGGUUGAAUGUAACUCAAAGCUGGACCCAACAAACACAACAUUCCUAAAGAUGGCUGAUUCUGGUGGCCUUCCACAGGUGACACAGCCUGGAAAACUCACAGAAGCAUUUAAAUAUUUCCUACAAGGCAUGGGAUACAUUGCUUCCCUGAAGGAUCGGAGACAGAGUGCAAGUGCAGGAGCAGUGCCCUCAGCAAGUAUGACCCGGCUUGCCCGCUCCCGCACAGCUUCUCUCACCAGUGCUAGCUCUGUGGAUGGAGCCCGUCCUCGACCCUGCACCCAGUCUGAAAGCAGUGAUGGCAUUGGCCAAAUCAAUCACACAAUGGAGGUUUCCUGCUGAACUCCUGAGUACCAAUGCCCUUUAACCCUCUAAUCCCCCAUUUACGCCAUUCAUUAUCCUUCUUUACUGGUUUUGCUUCCUGUUCCCCCCUUUAAACAGCGUCUGGCGUUUCUUGGGGAUCUUAUAAUCAGAAUGACAGCGCAUCAUCUUGCAUCUGGUCCAGUGCUUUUAGGGCUUAUUCCUGCGAUUGGAUGUAAGAGGCACCCCAAAAUGAGAAAGGGGAAUAAGAGGAGGUAGAAAUAUGGUUAAAUGUCAGCCAGGCAUCUUAUUACAGUAAAGUGCAUUAGGAGUCUGAUACAAUGGGAUUUAUUUGGUGCUCUGCACAAAGUUAAAAAGAGUUAAGUGGUCCUCACAAAAAGGCCUUUACAAAAAUUUUAGAUAAUAAAUUCUAUUUCUUUAGGAGGAAGACAAGGUCUUCUCAAGAAAUUGAUAUCAUGAAAUUUGCUUCUUGGUGUGACAGCGCAGAGCACCAGUUUAAACAAUUCCUCAGGGAAAUCCUGCAGUGAGGGGUUUUAGGAGACCUUUAUUAUGAGGCAAUGGCAAGAUGUCAAUUCAGGUACAGAUUUUGGUUUCCUCCAAAUUAUUUUGAGAAAGGUUUUCCUUAAGUCUGUAUGGUUUUCCAUCAGCACUGGUUUGAAACCAUUGCCUAGGAUUGCUAAUUGGCAUGUCUUGAGGAACUGAAUAUAUGAAUAUAAUCAUAUCUAAAGUGGUAAAGAGAUGGUCUACAGAUGUGUGCAUUAUGGGCCAGAGUUGAGAUGUAGGUUACAGUUUAGCACCUAAAAGCCUUGAGUUGCAUAUCUGAGUGACAAAGAUACAUAAAGGUAUACGUGGAAUAGAUCUGACAUCUCCUUUCUAUUAUAGGUGUUGUUAAGCUUUUUUUCUAGCUGAUGUACUGCAUGGUGUUCGGACCAUGCAGUAUUCCAAACACGUAAACCCAGCUUUGGUUCCAUUUUGAUGGCUGAGAGUGUAAAGUUGUAAGCAGAGACCAUGAUUACAUGAAAGCAGGAUUGAAAAUAAAGCAGAUGUUUUGGUAAUUUUAUAAACUGGAACCUUUGUGCGGAUCAUACUGAUUUGUUAGGUCUUCUGCUUUAAGGUUAUUAGGUGGUGAGUGUCUCUUCCUGUAGUCAGUUGUAUACAGCAAUAUUAUUAUGUUGUACUGGGAUCGGAAUCAGCCAACAUUCAAAGUAUGUAACAAUAAAAAGUGGUCAACUACAAAUAACAAUAUUACAGAGUCAGGGAAUUAAGGGUAUGUAAUCCUCAAGUCACCAUGAGAUUCAUUAACAAGGACCUACAGAUCACCUAGAGAAAUGGCACACAUUCUUUAAAUAUUUAGUCUUUUCAUGACUCCAUAGAGUCUAAGCCUUUAGAAUUCCAUUAUUAUUAUGUUUUCAGCCGGUACAUUAUGUGUGGGUAUGCAGUUCUCCUGGAGGCUGUAUAAAGUAAUGGUCUGCAAGUCUUCUCAAGAUUGGAUAAUAGUGAUCUUGAGGUUUGCUGGAAAUGAUUGUAUAUAGAAGAGUGACAUGGAUUUGUAGGACUGUAGCAGUGGCCUUCAGGAAUAUAGGACAGAAUAAGACCUACAGUACAUGUCUUUUUAUAGGAAAUACAUUUGAUCUCAGUUAGACUGGCCAUAAAGACACAAGCAAAACAUACUUAAUAGAUGUCUGUAACUAGAAACCGUGAGAGAGAAAUAAGGCAAAAUAUGCUAUUUGGCAGCAAUGUAAAAGCAGUGAAAGAAGCUCCAGCACACAGGUGAGCAGUGACACCAGUAGAGGAUUGUCUAUGCUUUCAGCAAUGCUCUGCACAGGCUAUGUGAUGCUAUGAGAUUCCUAUAGCAGACUAGUUAUUUAUAUACGCAAUGCACUUCUUGUCUCCAGCAUGCAAAGGAUUAAGCAAUGCUAGACAGGUCUGUGGCAAGGGGUUACCUCUUUUUUACAUCAUUUGAAAAAGUUUUAAAGCCGUGUCCUGUCUCCCCUGCAUCUUCAUCUUAGUGUAUCUCCCUCUACCUCUUUCCAGAACCUUACUUGUCAUAUGCGUGUUCUGCCAAACUAUAUAUAUAUUUCUAUAAAUACCUAUACAUAAUACAUUUAGGAAUCUUCCAUAACCCAUCUUUACCUGUGGUUACCAUUUAAUGUGUUCUGUAACUUUUUUUAAGGUGGAAUUUAAUGGAUCCUGGUAAAUAUUUCUCCUGUCUCUGUGCACAGUGAUUCUGUUAUACAUAUACAAUAUAUAGGAAUACUCUUUGGUGUGUGCAUUAUGGUGGUUGAUGCUUCUAGUUGCAUUAAAGCCAUCAUUACAAAUACUCCUCCUUGAACUGAUGAGAGAUACAAGUACAUUCAUUUGUUGGGAAAUCUAAAUAAAACACUUAAACCUGC